UCUACUAAAUAGAGCAUACUAUCUGAAAAACCUCACAAGGUAGAGAAUGUAAUUUCUCUUAUUCAAUAGGCGUUUAGUACUUCAGCAUUCAUUCAAUCAGACGGAUUGCUUUCUCGUCUCCCGAUUGCAAGUUUUAUAUUAUAUUAUUAAGUACAACAAUGCAAUUGAAAUAUCAUUUUCAUUUAUUUUUGACACAAUUUGUAACAAUAUUGCUUCUUGUAAAUUCUAUCACGGCCAAUUUACUGGAGAAACUUACAGAAAUGACUUCAACAGAUGUGAAUAAAGAAGGCAAGCAAGAAGAAACGGGUAUUUUAUCGAUGGGACAAUAUUUUCAAGACAUAUUUUCGGAACAGUUGACACCUUUUAAACUUGAAUUUGGUCAUGUCUGUGAGAAUCCUAGUGAAUGGGAACAAAGAUUCGAACGAAAAGAUUUUGACAACAAUCGUUAUAGCGGCAAGGUGAAAUGGGGUAACAGAAAUGGAGAAUACGGCGAACAAUAUUGGGAUUUGAAUCAUUAAUCUUGGAGAUUAAUUAUUAAUUAUUCGUUAAAAAAAUUUGAAUAAUUUGUUUAAUAAAAAUUCUUUGUUUGAAAUUGUUCCUAUAAUUUCUUUUAAUACAUAUUUGUUCUAAAAUUGGCAAGCGUUGUAAGAUAAAAAAAUUGUUUAAAUAAUUACGUAAAAAAUAUAAAAUUAUAUAACCAGAAUUCUGUUUUGGAAUUGAAAUUAUAAGUUAAAAAUAGUGUUGGAAAUGGAUUUUAGAAAAAGAGAAAUUAAUACAAGGAUGAAAAUACUAGAGCUAGGAGAGUUCAACAAGAGCAUCGGUGGUUCAGUGGUAGAAUGCUCGCCUGCCACGCGGGCGGCCCGGGUUCGAUUCCCGGCCGAUGCA